AUGCCUCUCGUUCGUAAAAAUGAUCAAAGGCGACCUGCUCAGCUGCCUAUGAGGGAGAACGCCAUGUCGGCCUCUACCUCGAGCACGACUUUGUACGAGGCUGCUGACCCGUACCUGGAGAAACCUCCUUCAGCAUACCCGCCAUAUCAAAACUACACAGAAGACGUACCUAUACAGACCUUGUCACCCCGCGGACGACCUUCACCACCAGAUUAUCACAAUCGAACUCUUUCCGAACUCAUGACGGACACCUACCAUGAUGACCGAUUGGAGCCUCCUACUCCCAAUGGCCACUCGGCCUUCUCACCUCAAAGAGCACCUUCUUGGAACUCAGAAGCCAACACUCGAAGCAACUCGCCUUAUCCCAGCUCCCCUGCUCAAUAUGCCGCAGGCACACCAUGGCGAAGUCAGGAAACACUCAGACCUCUCGUCCCCGAUGCGCCUACACAGAAUCUGCAACGGGAUUGGGUCAAGAGCGGCUCCAUUGCACAAAUACAAUCAAGAGAUGACAAAGACUUCUUGUACGGUUGGAAGAAAUGGUUGUUUCGAUUUGUCGCACCCAUACUCGCCAUCGUUGCGCUCGCUCUCUACUGGUUGUAUUUCGGGAUGCGUAUCACAUUCGUUAUCGACGCUCAGCGAAAGUAUCACGCCCCAUUUCCUCUAGCGUGGAUCUUUAUCGCCAUUGAAAUCAGUGUAGCAAUCCCCAUCUUCAUGCAGACAUUUUGGUCGCUGUUCAUCAUGAAGAAGAGACAGAGACCCAAGUUGCGGUUGCUCGGAACCGACGUUCCGACGGUCGACAUUUUCAUCACCUGUUGCGGUGAAGACGACGACGUUAUUCUCGACACUGUCCGGGCAGCCUGCGACGUGGACUACCCUGCAGAUCGUUUCCGAGUUCUGCUUCUGGACGACGGCAAGUCAGACAGCUUGAAGCAAGCAAUUGAGGACAUGCGUGAGACCUUUGCCAACACCUACUACAUACGCCGACCCAAAUUCCCAGGAGUUCCUCAUCAUUUCAAGGCUGGCAAUCUAAACUAUGGAAUGGAAGCGGUACACAAUUUGCCAGGAGGUGCCUCUGAGUACAUGGCUGCAUUGGAUGCUGAUAUGAUUCCGGAACAACAUUGGUUGCGUGCCGUUCUUCCCCAUCUUCUUUUGGACGAGAAGAUGGCAUUGGCCUGCCCUCCUCAACUAUUCUACAACGUACCAAGGGGAGAUCCUCUGUGUCAGAGUCUAGAUUUCUUUGUUCACGUCUCUGAACCAGUCAAGGAUGCUUUAGGUGUCGCUUGGUGUACUGGUUCUGGCUACGUGAUUCGGAGAACUGCUAUUGAUCAAAUCGGUGGCUUUCCCAGAGGAUCAUUGGCUGAAGAUGUGGCUACUUCAACGCUUAUGCUCGGCAAGGGCUGGAAAACAGCAUACGUCCAUGAACCCCUUCAAUAUGGCACCGUUCCUGAAGACUUUGGCAGUCAUCUCAAACAGCGCACGAGAUGGGCCAUCGGCACCGUCGACACUUCAUUCAAGCUCAAGUUUUGUCUUUUCGGCGAUGCGGUCAAGCAAAUGACCUUCGCUCAAAGAAUGUCGAGCUUCAUCUACGCCUUUUUGAGUUUGUUCAACAUCUUCCUGAUGCUGUCACUCUUUGCCAUGCCUAUUGUCCUCAUCGCCAACAAGCCGCUGGUUGCCUAUGCCAACGAGGAGCAACUUCGAUGGCUCAUCAGGACUUGUUUUGCCGUCACCAUCAUGAACCGACUUUGCGAGCUUGUUCUGUACAUCCCAGCUGGAUAUGCUACGGGUCAGCGAGGUGCACGAGCACAACUCUGGAUGGCGCCCUAUAUCGCGCUCACCAUCAUUCGGUCAUUCGUUCUCCCAACCUGGCUUGGCGGUCAAACUCAGGCCUUCAAACCCACCGGCAGUCUGCAGUCAGCUCUAAAUGAACGAAACGCGAAACUGCGAGCACCAAUGUAUCGGCGUCUUUGGACCAUUUUGGUUAAUUACCUGGCCCUCUUCCACGUCAGUUAUGUUUACUUCAUGAUCGUCGCGGUCACCAUCUCCACGUAUCGGUGUUUCCUGCAGCAUGGUCUCCGAGCUAAACUCAUGUGUUUGCUCACUCACGCUUGGUGGGUGCCACUGGCUUGGAUCAUCAUCGUUUCUGCUUUCUGGAUUCCUUUCACAUACGCCGUCGACCCGCCGAACUGCCCAGACCGCGAAGACCUGCUUGACCGAGACCCGAAGACCGGAGUCGCACAUCCGACCAAGGAGAGCAAGAAGAUCGCCUUCCGCGGACAGACGCUCUGGUUCGAGAUCGAAUAUACUUUUACCACCCUCUUCACCACGGCGGUGUUUGUUGCAUCGUUUUUCUACUGAAAGAAUAAAAAAUGUCAUUUACGACGAGACGACUUUGUCGCUUUUUUUUUGAGGCUUUCGGGCUUAUCUGUAUAUAUCGGAGGAGUGCUGGACGGGAAUUGAACUGUUAAUGGAGGGGAGAUUGUAACUUUUGUACAGCAUUGUUACAAUGGGGCCUGAAUCACGUUGGCAAUACAACUAUGGGAAAGGGCGACAAUCAUGAAAUAAAGUGUCGGGAGUCGCUCGGUAUACGGACGAGAAGGGAAGAAGUCCCAUCCUUUUGGGGGACUCAAUUGCAUAAAGAUACCAAAGCUGUAUCAAGGAAGUUUUGGAGCCAGCUGGCAUUCAGCAGGAACAACUAAUGUCCAUAUACCAUAUAAACCAUAUAUACAAUUGAGAAUUGUGUUACACAAACACAUCAAAACA